AUGUCCGGAGCAGCGGAAGGAUUGGCCGGCCUUACUUUGAGUGCAAUCAGUGUUGCAGCCUUGUUCACGACAUGUAUCGAGUGCUUUGAUAUUGUUAUUGCUGGGAAGAAUUUCAGUGAGGAUUUCGAGCAACUUUGUGCCCUGUUCUCCCUAGAACGUGCUCGAUUUGGCCUCUGGGGUGAGUCCGUUGGGUUGAUCCCAGACCCAAAUAACGGGCGCCGCCUACAGUACGACAAGAACAUCGAUAGACAAGACAUUCGACCGGGAGUGGAAAGGAUCCUCAAUAACAUCCAAAUUCUGCUCGAAGAGGGUGCUCGAAUCAAUAAGAAGUAUGGCGAGAUGCUAGUGACUCAGCAAUCAACGUCGUUAGGUAUGCAAGUCUUCAAGACUUCAUUCGAAAGAUUCAAACUUCGAAUAAGAGAACAUCAGAAAGACACACCUGCUUGGAAGGUAACCUCAUGGGUGGUACACGAUGCGAAGAAGUUCGAAGAUUUAAUUGAACGGCUAAGGAGAUAUGUUGAUGGCCUUGAGAGUAUCACUAAAUCUUUAGGAUUAUUGGAAAAUCAGCAUUCUCGAUUAUUAGAAGAAAUUGAUAGCAUAUCCGACGUAGAAAGCUUGAGAUUGCUUCGGGAUGCCUCUUCAAUCCAUGGGAAUUCCAGUACGGGGGAUAUUUCAGAGACUGCGAGCAAACGUUUUUCCUUCAAGACGGCAUGUACAAGACAGUCUACGGGACUCUUCAGCCACCCCAACUCAAUGCCAAAACCACCGGGAGCCUGGCCACCGUCGUUGCCAUCACACAAAAAGGAAAUGGGCAAGGAAACUCAACAAAAGCGGAGUAACACUUGUCAAGAAUGUCUCCAAGAGCAUUAUAAAUGUGAGACAAUUAAUAAGACGGGUUCCUGUUUAAGAUGCAUACAGACCGGAAGAGAAUGCAGUUUUUCGAAAAGUCCACGCAAAGACCUAGCUACUUCUUUUACGUCAACCUCUGAAGUUGUUGAUGCUAUGUAUGAUGCUAAUACCGACCCAUCAUCACCACAACAAUUAUCUCAGAAUCGGCGCCUUAUGCAAGGGCUUAUUGAGAUGGCUGGACCUCAACAAGCUCUGAGUUUUUCUACUGGCGAUACAAACUAUGGCGAUCGCCUCACUGCUAUCAAAAGCGAAGAUGCAGAAUUUUGGGUUCAAAGCUCUGGAAAACUGGUUACAGCUGCGCAAACUGGUCCUGCGGUCUGGAAGCGCAUUUUCCUUGACCUUCGUGGUAUUCGACAAGCUAAUAUACCAUUUAUCAGUGCUACGCCCAUUAACAAUUCUCUCGAUACUAUAUUGGCAAGCAUUGAGGGACCGCCGGAAACUCCAUAUGAAGGCGGCAUAUUCUGGAUUACAUUUAAAAUAACGGACCAUUAUCCCGAUCAGUUACCUCUCAUGAGAUUCAACACAAAGAUUUACCACCCAAACAUAUCACCACAAGGAUACGUUUGCUGCAUAGAUAGUCAACUUCAGAAUCACCCAAGGCGCUUGAAAAGUUUGGAUAAGUGGCCUUCCGGAAGCAAUAGGAAACUCGAUUGGUCAAUUGGAGCGCUGCUUACCGCACUAUGUGAUCUUUUAUCAUCUCCCGAUGUGGAUGACCCGUUGGUGCCGGAGAUUGCACACACUUAUCACAAAAAUUUUGAUGAAUAUUGUUCUAAUGCCCGACUAUAUACUAAGAAGUAUGCGUCCGGUGAGAGACCGGAUGAAACAAAUAUUGUGUUUUUUGAUAUCUCUUCUCAAGGAAUUGAUACUUCUUCUAAGGAUGUUGAUAGUUCUUCUAAAGAAAUCGAUCUCACAGAUUCCUUGAAUAGCCAUCAAAGGAAACACCACGGGCGAAUGGCUAAACUUCUGUGGAGUAGGAGAAACUAUCAGUAA